CCCCGCCCCUCGGUGGGCGGGACCUAACGGGGAAGGAAGAACGCGUUUACUUGAUGUCUUCGCCUUUCAGCCUCUCUGCUACGAGCCUUCAUCAAGGGUGAGAAGGGACAUCGAGACAUUGACCUUAACUCGAAAUUGACCAGGAUGUCCCGGGAGCAGCAGGCUGUGGCUCGUGCCAGGAAAGCCUUUGAAACCGGCAGGUCCAAAUGCUUAGAGCACCGCGUUCGCCAACUGAAGAACCUGCAGCGGUUAUUCAUCGAGAAACAGCAGGUGAUUUCAGAUGCCAUCAAGAAAGACCUCAAUAAGAGCGAGGUGGGCACCCAGCUGUACGAGACUCUGGGUCUGGAGGGGGAGAUCAGCCUGGCCAUCAAGAAGCUGAAGGAGUGGGCCGCCCCUCGGGCCGUGGAGAAGAACCUGAUGACCAUCUCGGACACCGUGUACAUCAAGCCGGAGCCGCUCGGCGUGGUGCUCAUUAUCGGGGCCUGGAACUACCCCUGGGCCGUCACCAUCCAGCCGCUCAUAGGAGCCAUCGCAGCUGGUAAUGCAGCCGUGGUCAAGCCGUCCGAGGUCUGUGUUCACACUGCAAAGGUCAUGGAGGACCUGCUGCCGCUUUACAUCGACAAAGAGCUUUACCCCGUAGUAACCGGGGGCGUGUCAGAGACCCAGGAGCUGCUGCGUCAGAGGUUCGAUCACAUCUUCUACACGGGCAACAGCGUGGUGGGCAAAGUGAUCAUGGAGGCUGCAGCCAAAAACCUGACGCCUGUCACCCUGGAGCUGGGCGGCAAGAGCCCCUGCUACAUCGACAAGGACUGUGACAUCGCCAUAGCCUGCCGGCGCGUUGCCUGGGGAAAGUACACCAACUGUGGUCAGACCUGCAUCGCCCCGGACUACGUCCUGUGUGAGCCCAGCAUCCAGGACCGGGUCAUAGAAGAGGUCAAGAAGUCCAUAAAGGAGUUCUAUACCGACAACCCAAAGACCUGUCCGGACUACGGACGCAUCAUCAACCAGCGCCACUUCAAGAGAAUAAUGAACAUGUUGGAAGACAGCACCGUCGCCGCAGGAGGAGACAGCGACGAGUCACACUGCUACAUCGCUCCCACAGUUCUGCGGGACGUGAAGCCAGAGGCGAAGGUGAUGCAGGAGGAGAUAUUCGGACCUCUGCUUCCCAUCAUGCCGGUCAGUGGCCUGGACGAAGCCAUCAAGUUCAUCAACAAAGGAGAGAAACCUCUGGCCCUCUACGUCUUCUCAUCAGAUAACAAGGUGAUCACCAGGAUGACAGACGAGACCUCCAGUGGAGGACUGCUGGCCAACGACUGCCUUGUGCACUUUUCUGUCAACUCGCUGCCUUUUGGAGGAGUAGGAAACAGUGGUAUGGGCUCCUACCACGGCAAGUUCAGCUUUGACCAGCUGAGCCACCUGCGGAGCUGCCUCAUCAAGCAGCUGAAAAUGGAGGGUGUGAACAGCAUGCGCUACCCGCCUCACACAGCCAAGAAGCUGGGCUGGGCGCGCUUCUUCAUCCUGAACAACGUGGACGUGGGCUGGAUCGGGCGCAUGGCCCUCGUCGCCGCCCUGGUUGUGGUGGCUGCCGUUGUGCUGCAGCAUUAUCUGGGUUGAAGACAACAUGUGUCCUGUUUGAAGAAAAUAACGGCAGGAGUUUCAAAGCAUUUCAACAACGAGUUUCUGUAGGAAUCAGACGAGCAUCUGUCCAGGAACGCCAUAAUUAGGGAAAUGUUGCCUGAUGCCUUAAUUAACUUUUUCAAUAAGCGUCAGAAGUUUCAAUGUAGCAAGCAUCUUAUUUUCAUGAAGGUAAUUAUUUAUGUAUGGCUCUUAAAUUUGUGUUCAGAAUCGUUAUGCUCCAUUUAAUCCCGUUUACAUAUUUAAAACACACUUUAAAUACACUUUAAAACAUUCUGCUGUGAUUUUUCUAUGCUAUUAUUUAAAAAAUAUGCAAAAUGAGCUCAUAUCACAGUAAAUGUGUUGCUUAACAGGUUUUACUCUAAACUGUAAUAUGAACAAAUUUUGCAAGAUGUAAUUACAAUCAAUGAAUGUUCAAUGUAACAAAUGAAGAUAGUUGCAUUUUUUGCAAAUGAAUCCGUUUUUAUUGUUUAUCUACAGUUCACUUUGUGUCUAUUCCAUUUCGAUGAUGGUUCAGCUAAUAACUGAACAUUAAACAUUUCUAACACCUCUAACAAAUUGAAGUAACCUUUUAACUUGUCUAGUGGUCUUGAAGGAGAUUUUUAUUUUAUUAUUAUUUUGAUCUACACAUACAUACAUGUAUUUCUAUAUUGGAUUAAUAUUCAAAUAAAUAUAUUUCUACAUGUAUCAGUAAUUUUAUGUAACAUUAUUUUGGCAAUAAUAAUUAUGAUAUAAUAAAAUAGAUAUUGUUCUGAAACUGA